AUGACAGGGCAACUUAUUUUCAUCACCGGUGCAACCGGCUUUAUCGGCAGUGCUACGGCUCUUGCUGCUCUGAAAGCAGGUUACCGACUACGAGUAGCCGUUCGAAAGCCAUCAGAGAAGCUCCAGGCCUUGGUGUCUGAGUACGGCCAGCAGGUUGAAUACGUCACCGUACCCGAUUUAACAGACGAAGCAGCGUUCCACGGAAAGCUGGAUGGAGUGGACUACGUUCUGCACCUUGCCUCCCCUCUCCCUGGAGGCACAGACAAGAAGGAUUACUUCGUUCCCGCUGUCAAAGGGACAACAGCCUUGCUGAAGGAGGCGGAUCGGGUUGCAAGUAUCAGGAAGGUGGUGGUCACAUCGUCCGUGGUCUCUUUCAUUCCGAUCAAUGGACUCCCGGAAGGGGGUGUCAUCAAAGAGGACAAUGACUGGGAUUUCAGCGUGGACGAAGAUGCAAGCUUCGAGGAUCCCAAAAACCCAGGCCGCACACCUUUCACGCUCUACCACGCAUCAAAGCUGCUCUCCAACAACGCCACCUGGAGCUUCUGGGAGAAGGCAAAGCCGCACUACUCACUGGUGUCGAUUCACCCAACCUACGUGAUUGGGCAUAACCUAGUGCAAUCGUCUUCGAAGGAUUUUGGUUCCAACGGUAUCCUUUGGGGUCCUAUCAUGACUGGCACGCUUAGUGGGCCGAGUUUUGGAGUUCAUAUCGAGGAUGUCGCCGAGGCACACAUCAAGGCUCUGGAUCCGAGAAUUCCUGAUGGUUCAAAGUACCUAGUGGACGGUGACAGAAUCACUUGGAAGGAGGUGGCUCAAAUCGUGCACAGAGAUUAUCCAAAUGUUGGCGCCAAAAUUAGUCUGGAGGCUGAGGGGGGAGCUCCACCAGUCGACACCAGCAAAGCAGAGAAAGAACUUGGGAUGAAAUGGCGCUCUUGGGAGCAGAUGAUUCAUGAGUUGAUGGAUCAGCAGCUCAGCUUUGUCAAUAAGCCGGCUGUCUGA